CGCGGCUGCCAGAUGUUGGGGCGGCGGCGGCGGGCGCUACACAGACCUAGCAGCCGCGGAGCGAGGCGCGGGGUGCGGGCGCCGCUGGCCGGCCGGCCCGGCCCUCUCUGCGCCGCUCCCGCCGGGACUCGAAUAGGAGCUGGCAGGCCCGGCGGGGGCUCCGGCGUGGACAUGCACAGCGCUCGGCUUGACAGCUUCCUGAACCAGUUGCGCUGGGAAUUGUUGUGUGGCCGGGACACAGGCUCACCACCGAUGCCUGGCCCCCUGCAUCUACCUCCCAAAAGUGGCCCAGGUGUGCAGACCACCACCCACCCCCUCAGGGGGUCAGAUGCCUUGGAAGAGGACUCUAGCUGCUGUGUGGAGGAGGAGGAGGAGGAGGAGGAAGCGGUGGUGACCGAAGGCCAGGGUGCAGCCUCAGGGGGCCCCAGGGAGCAUGCUCUGGACUGGGACUCUGGCUUCUCCGAGGUGUCAGGCAGCACGUGGCGAGAGGAAGAGCUGCCGGUACUCCAGCGCCCAGCACCCCCACCACGACCCCCUCAUAGCCAGCGCUUCUCUGUCAGUGGCCUCGUUCUGCCCAGCAGGGCAUCUGUAGCCCGUACACCACCUGCCUGCCGUCCACGGCCCAAGUCCACCCCAGAUGCCUGCCUGGAGCACUGGCAGGGACUGGAAGCGGAAGACUGGACAGCAGCCCUGCUGAACAGGGGUCGCAGUCGCCAGCCCCUAGUGCUAGGGGACAACUGCUUUGCUGACUUGGUUCAUAACUGGAUGGAGCUGCCUGAGGCAGCAAGUGAGGCGGGUGAUAGAGGUGAACCCCGUGCCCGCACUCGGCCCCCCCAGUUCCUCCUUGGCCUCUCUGAGCAGCUGCGGCGCCGGCUGGCCAGGGCCCGGCGGGCAGCUAUGGCAGGAAAGCGUCUGUCAUGUCCGCCUCGCCCAGAACCCGAGCUGCCCACGGACGUGUCACGAUUUGCGGCGCUCAUGAGUUGCCGCAGCCGGCAGCCCAUCAUAUGCCAUGAUGUCAGCUACCUCUGACCCUGUCCUCCAGCCAGGGGCAAUAAAGGCCUUUUUCUAGA